UGACUUUCAGAUUGUCCAAUGGUACGAGACGCGACGAAACCCGUUCGUAUUCCGUCCCGCUGGGUGCGUUUUGUAGUAGAGGCAGCAGGCCACGCAAAAUGGCUUCGAGCUGCGACAACGUCAUCGAAGAUCGUGUUAAACGCUGUGCCAACCGAGAAAACCCGACGUCCGAGCCAUCGUUGGAGAAGACUGACGACGCUGACCCGAACGGCGGUAGCCAUUUGAAGAAGCGAGAGCAGCACAGCUGCCGAAAUCUGCCUGGACUGCCCCCGAGCGAGGCGUACGGCACCGACCUGACCACGGACUCUUCGCCCUCUGAGAAUGACGACGAGACUGACACUGUAGCACCUCACGCGUCCGAGUGCGACAUGGAAAGCGCACAAGGAAAAGAAGCAGUUCCACAGACAAUGCCGUCAGCUGAUCUUCCCCCAGUGCCCCAAACUGCAGAGGUGGCCUCCCCCGUGUAUGCCACCAUCCCAAAGACAUUGCAGCCCAUAAAGGUGGGCGAGGUGCGAUUCAAUGGCACCACGGUGGCAGCACCUUCUAUUCUGCCCAGCAAGGACGCUGUGGUGCUGUCGAACUGUUGCGUGAUGUCGACGGUGCCACAGCCGACACCCGCCCCUGGGCUCCCUUUAGCUGCAGCACCCGUUGCAGCGGAGUCUGCUGUGGUGCCAUCGCCUGCUUCUGUGGCGCAGCAGGCGCCUCCCUCCUCUUGUUCCUUCGUGCAUUGCCCACAAACGUCGGAGCCGAACGCCGUGCCCCCUAAGGUAAAGAAAGACGGCGAGAAGAAGAAGUCGACGAAGUUGUCCAACUCUUCGAAGUCCGGUUCCAAGUCUCACUCUUCAAACGGUGGGGAGGCUGCCUCGAAGUCUGAGAAGAGCCGGAAAAAGUCGGACUCUUCGGACCGCAAGGAGCGGCGCAAGAAGCACAAACACCACAAGGACGGCGAGCUGCACAGUUCCAAGUGUAGCUCCAAGGAGGGGGGGAGCAAGCACUCCGAACCUCCGGACAAGAAACUGAAGAUUUCGAGCAAUGCGGCGGCCAAGUCUUCUGGACAUGGCAGCAAGAAGGACCAGCUCCCGCACAAGACAAAACCUCCACCUCCCCCGGCCCCACCGCCAGUGGCAACACCUUCCAUCCCCAUCGUCGCCGUAGCACCGCAUCCACAUUCACAUCAACCACCCUCAUCAACACCAUCAUCCUCCGCACAUUCAUCAUCCUCGCUGACUGUUUCUCCUGUCAAGAGCACCAGCAGUGGGAGCGUGUGCAGUCGGUGCAAACGCAAGUGUGCUUCACAGCGCAAUGUGGGCAUUCAGUGCAAAAAGGAGCGGCACAGCAGCGGUCACUCUGCCUCUUCGUCAGGCUCCCUGGGCCCUCCGUCUGUGGUGGUUGGCGCGUGGUCCCUUGUCCCGCGGAUGCCGGCUUCCCUGGAGUUUGGACACAUGCGCUUGGGACGCUUUGUGCGCCGGGAAGUGCACCCCAACGGAGGUGGGGAAGUGCUGCACCUCUACUGGGACGAGAUCUGCCACUUGGAGCCGGCCGAUAUGAUGAGAUUGGCGAAGGACUUCCUCAAGGAAACGUUCUACGAAGAUCCACCAGGUGUGGCUCGCUAUGUCAUGGGCAUUGUGCACGGUGCAGCACAUGGUAUGCCCGAUUUUGUCGACUACUUUGCCGAGCAGCAUCCUAACCUGGUGGUCAAGUGCGGCGUGUUGGGUCGCCAUUCUGACAUCGAGACUACCUCUAUGGUCAAGUUUCAAGAAAUGGUUGGGCGGACGUACAGCAGCGGCACGUACCGUGCUGGGCCCCUGCACCAGAUGAGCCUGGUAGGCACGGUGCAUGAGGAAGUGGGUGGCUUCUUUCCCGAGUUUCUGGCAAUACUCGAGAAAUGCCCUUUCUUGUACCUCACUAUGCCCUGGGGUCCCCUCUCACACGUUCAGAUGGAGUCUCCACAGGAGAGCAAUGACGGUCCCAUUCUGUGGGUACGUCCCGGCGAACAGCUUGUACCCACGGCCGACCUGAUCCGGUCGCCGAACAAGCGUAACAGCGUGUCUGGGUCGGGAGCAAGGCGUAGGGACGAAUUGCGCAAGUUGCAGUAUCUGCCUCGUGCCUCGGAGCCACGGGAGAUGCUCUUUGAGGAUCGCACCAAGUGUCACGCGGACCACGUUGGACAGGGCUUUGAUAGACUGACCACUGCUGCCGUGGGCGUUCUCAAAGCUGUCCGUUGCAACUCUGGAGGGGAAACCAACCGUAUCACCAAGGAUGUAAUUGCAUUCCACGCUGGAGACUUCAACCAGCUGGUGGAAAAGCUUCAGUUGGACCUUCAUGAGCCACCCGUUUCACAGUGCGUGCAAUGGGUCGAAGACGCCAAGCUGAACCAGCUGCGCAGGGAAGGCAUCCGGUAUUCCCGCAUCUCAUUGUGUGACAACGACAUCUACUUCUUGCCUCGGAACAUCGUGCACCAGUUCCGCACAGUGACUGCUGUGGCCAGUGUGGCCUGGCAUGUGCGGCUGCGCCAGUACUAUCCACAUGAGAGCACGCCUACCCCCACGGCGGCUCCAAGUCCCGAAGAGGUGACGGUAAAGAAGGAGGUCAAAGUAGAAGACUCAAAGCCUCGAAAGCGAGAAGCCGACUCAAAGCCACCCAAGGAACCAUCCGUCAAAAAGAUCAAACUGGAGCCGGGAAAGGCACCCUCAGGAGAAAGAAAACCGGAGGAAACGGCAGCGGCUGCGCAAUCGUCGUCGUCGUUACCGUCAACGCCGAAGAAACACAGCGGGGACAAGCACAAGUCCCACAAGGAAAAGAAGGAGAAGGUUAAGGAGCUCGAUUUUAAGACCUCGUCUCACGAAUCGAAAGCACAACAGCCACAGAAGGUUCAUUUGUCUUCAGCGCAUGGACCUAAGCCGCAGCUCCCGAAGACGCCCGCCGCGAAAGAACAGCAGGAGGUCAAAGUUGAAGCAGUACCUCAGCAGACAUCGGUUUUGUCAGAUAACCUCGAUGGUCGAAUAAAAGUAGAGCCUGUAGUUAAAGUAGAGCCUGUAGAGGACGAUGCAACUGUCGGUGCCUGUGAGAACAACACUCGGGCGUUAAUGUCGCCGUCGGCACCUUGCGAGUCACCCACUGCAUCAUCUGCCGAAACACCACAGACUUCAGUAACCACGCCUGGGCAGACAGUUGAAGCGUCAGGUGCUGUUGUUUCCUCGUCGGGCGCUUCCUCAGUGGUAACGGUGAGCCCAUCAGCAUCCAAGACAAGUCCUGGGGUAGCAUCAACCAAAACUGGCAAUUCUGCUGUGGCAAUGUCGCUUCCUUCUGUUAAAAAUGCCGUGGCUGUACCUACAGUAGCUUCAUGUUUGAAAAACGAUUCGACAGUACUUACAGACGUAACGCUGAAUGACAAAGCCAACUGCGUUACGUCCUCAGAAGCUGCAACCAAGGUUAGCUCAUCAUUAGCAACAUCUGCUUUAAAAACCUCUUCUGUGGUGACAUCCACAGUAAUUUCCAAAAGUAGCUCAACUACGAGUACGGUUUCUUUGAAGAACAACUCUUUAACAACAGCUGCUGCUUUGUCCGCGAAGAGCAAUUCUGUGGCAAGUACUGCUUCUUCUAAAGCUCUCUCUACAGGAGUCAGCGUUGCUUCUUCCAAGAGCACUUCUACAAUUUCCAGUACAGUUACUUCAAAGUCCAGCACCGUUGCCGGCAAUACGGUUUCAACUAAGAACAAUACUGCGUCAAGUACAAGGUGCAGUACUGUAAUGAGCGUGCCACCUUCUUCAAAAUCCACAUCAAAGAUCAUUUCUACCGUUGGUGCUACGGCACCCUCAGGUAGCGGCUCGCUAGCUGCUAACGUUGCUGUUUCAGUCUCUAAAUCUGAUGCAGUUGCCUCCAUGGUAGCACUGUCAUCCCCCAGAGCCAGCUGUAUAACCACAGCAUCAAACUCUUUUACAAGCAAAAGCAGUUCCUCAUCAACGGCUGCAACAACAUCAAGGAACAGUUCCUCAACUGGAGUUUCUCUUCACAGCCCGAAGAGUAGUCAUGUCACUGCAUCUGCCACCUCAACUUCCAAGAGUAGUUUGGUAAACACGGCAGCCACAAAAGGAAGUGGUUCAUCGGUUGCUGUUUCCGUACACGCGACAUCAAAAACUGGUUUUAGCACAACCAGUGUAGCGCACCAUGCAACAUCUAAAGUUGGUUCCCUUGCAUCUUCGCCAUUCUCCAGAAUCAGUUCCAUGAUUUCUACAGUUAUGCAUUCAGCCCCAAAAAGUAGUUCGAUGGUUACAUCGUCCGUAGCGAUCUCUCCUCUAGAACUAUUACUCCCUAUCACAACAGCCACUACAGCAUCGAAGAUAUCAUCACUGGCAGUCUCUUCAACAUCGCCAGCCAGUAAAGUCGUCUCUACAUCCCUUGCCACGCGGCCCGUGUCAAGCUUGUUGAUGUCCAGUGCACAAAGACCCAUGAUGGUUACGUCGGCUCCCCUGCCUUUGUCUCGAGUCCCGUCCUCUUCAAUGCCUAGAUCUGUGCCGACGUGCCAUCGUUCCGGUACACCUCCUCUUCCUAGGCCCAUGCCGCCGACUUCUCUUCCAUCUUCUAUCGUGCGAACGACAAUGGCACCGCACAUACCAGUGGCGCACAUGAGGAUGGCUCCUCCUUCGGUGUCACUGUCGUCGUCAGUUGCUCCUAUCGGCCGCUACGACGAUUUCACGCGGCACUUAGGGCCCCCGUCGAGUCCCAUGUACAGGGACAUGACCAAGCCGCCGGCAUCGUUGUUGAGCCCGUCGUUGCCGCCCAUAGCGGCUCCGGUCAUGGUUCCAUCGACCAUGGCUCCCGUCACCCCCCAUCUGUUAGCUCCCGCGGUCAUGCCCCACCCUACGAUUGUGGGACCGUUCGGAGAAGUUCCCGCCGCCUACCUGCCGUCCAUGGCCCAUCCGCCACCUCACUACGACGCAGCCGCGAUGAACUACCUGGCCAUGCCCAGCGGUGCCCCUGUCGCGUUCUCCGUGGCACCCACCUUCCCUGUUCCACCGCAGAUGGGCAUGCCGACAUACUGCCAGCAGGUCGCACAGCCACCUCCGGUCCCUGCAGCGGCACCCGAGCCGGAGCAAGCGACGUUCGACGAAUACGACGACCCGGGUACCCCGCUCAUGGAUGAAGAGCCCCUGCACGAAUCGCCGACGCCUCCCCCGUACGAUUGCCACCAACCCUUGAGGGCCGAGGACUGUUCCAAAGUUGUCAGGACAUUGGACCUUCGGUGAGACGUUUCCUGGUGACCGUGCGCUCUAGCGGGUUUGGUGGUUUCAGUGUUCUUGUGGGGCACCAGCUUACAUUAUGUUCUGUGUGGAACUGUGUCCAUUGCAGCUGGGCAUAGCUUGACUGUUGCCCCUGCUUUCCCGACAGAACAACAUAAGACAGAAACAUUCGUUCCCCUUUGUGGUGGAAGCUACACGGUGCACUGCUUCCUUGUGAGCAGUGAGUGUGAGUUUAGCAUACGCAUUGUCACGCAGUUUCACUGUGCUCAUUACAAACGCUGUGGUGAGGAGCACCUCCGCUCCGAAUAAACCAUCGCAUGGAAGCGUCAUUCGUUGUCAUCACCAUCAUGACCUCCAGGCAUGACUGAAAAAACUGUACAGCGUCGCAAGGUAAUCAUGAACUGCUGUUGUGGACGCUUGGAUGACAUCCCGAUUGUCAUUUCGCGUGCACACCUUUGCUGAUAAUGUUAAAAGUGAAGGCUUUCUUCUGUUCAUUUGUAUUGUGGUUUUGCGUUGGGGAUUGUGAUCAUUGUGCGUGUCACAUUAAGCCUGGCUUUGAGAUCAAGCUACCCUUAAUUGCUUUGUGCUUCAAUCAUGUCACAAAAACUGCUGGUAGCACAAAUCUCUGUACGCCUUUUUUUUCCCUCACUUCUCUGGUCAUAUUUGUUUCGUGGGUCAGUAUACUUGUUUCUUGUGCUUAUUUGUAGUGUUACCACUUGGGCUGGUGCUUAAGUUUGAUGCUUCAUCGGACAGAUGUUAAAUGCCGACGAGCACACUGCAUUUCGCCUCUUGACAUGCUCCGAAAACGGUUGGUACGUAACGUGCGAGGGAACCACUGUCGGUACGAAUGCAAUUGAUUUACUUCCCAUUUUAAUUUAUUUAACAUAUACAUUCAGUAGUCGAGAAGUUUAUUCCGGCAUGCCGUUGAGAUUGAGCUCGGUUCCAUUGACGCAUGGUCCCUUCUCUUUUUUUCUGAUUGUUUUAAGCAAACGGCAGAACAUCUCAAGAAGUGCAUGGACUGACCACACUGCACUAAGAACAUUUAUCAUCAUGUGUGUACUUUUUUUUUUUUUUUUUGAAAUUCACAACUAUGCUAGUUUGUGAACUGAAUGCUGCAUGUCUGCCUGCAUGUAAUGUAAAACUUGAUGCUGUUUAUAAAGGCCUGUUGUGUGUUAAAUUGCAUUUGAACACGCUCUAGACACUACCUACUACACAGGCACUUCACAGCUUGUGCAUGCUUCAGUUUCUGUCGUGCAAAAAUUUGUCUGGUGCUCCCAGUCUCCCGCUCUACAUGCUUCCAGUAAGUAGCUGGCAUGAAUGCAAGAUUUCCCGCUGUUCCUUGCUCCUAUAAUUUUCCUUCUUUCUAAAUGCAGAGUGCCUGACCGAAGUUGUUUUGCAUGAAACGAGCAUGCUUCUUCACAGACAGGACAGACCUCACAACUGAGUGGUGCAUCUGCUCGAUCUUGUCGAAAGGAAGCACGCAUGUUUCAAACAGUUGUGGCACGUUGCUGCCGUGCUUUCGCGGAGUCGAACAGCACUGACAUUUUCCGUUAGCCAACCCGAGUGUGCGAGUAAAACUUUUUUUCCAUGCAGUAUUGUAGCGAUUUAAUUGUGUGGCAGUUUUUUGACCACAAACCCUUUGGGUACGUCAGCUCUCGCUAUAAACGCCGAUCAGUGAAGUCUAUUUUUUCUAGCCUUGGUUCUCAGGUUAUGUUUCACAGUCCUGGCUGCUCCUAUUUAAGGCUGCAUACCUGUUUUGGUUUACUGAUAUUUGGAAUUUCCCAGUGAUUAGGUCAAUGACCUUGAAUGUACUUUAUUUAAAUGAAGCUGUUAAUGCAGGAUUUAGUCUUGUUUUCUACAUGAUGCAACUCUGUGCAGACUUGGAUUUUUUUUAAUGCCGGUGGUAUACAAGGUAAUCCAGCAUAAUUGCUUGUUUUUGCGUGUGUGUGUGUGUGUGUGUGUGUUCGUACGUGACGAACCUUUGUUUCUGCAGAAUAUAAAAAGACUCCUCAAUGACCCCUUGCGUGCCAUGCUUUUGUUUUGAAUUCUUAUCAAAAAUGGCCUUUUUUGCUGUGGAAUCCUUUAUGAAGGACAGUGUAUACAAUACUGCGAUCAUGUGCAUGUUGUUACUAUAUAGGGAGAAAUAACUUCACCAAGGUGCUGCGUUCGCACUUGGCAGGUUUUCUUUUUUUUUUUUCUUUCGAGAAACGCUUGCACUGAAGCACGAUCAUGGCACGUAAGGGGUUUGCAACAGUGCGCACUUUUAUUUUUGCAAGGAGUGGUACACGUGAAUGAAAGCUGUAAGAGAUGUUUCGUUGUCAUUGUUCUCUUAAGUCUUAUUUAUUCGCUUUUUUCUUUUCUUGCGUUUGGUUAUUACUGGAAAUACGACUUUGAAGAAGGUGGGAGCUUUCGGCAGCAAGAUACGGUUCAGUUGAGAAAACACUGCGCGCAUACGUCAUUUAAUGUUGAAAAAGGCACAUUGCUAUAGUUUUUAGCUGCAAAGGCUCAUUCACUCCGGCGACUAUCAGUGGUCACGUAACUGUUGCAGCUCAGUCACUCGCUGCUCGAUCUUUCAGGCACACGACUGCAGUCAUAAAGCUAGCAAACGAGUCGUAUGUGCAGGAACAGGAUGUCUGCUUCAGAAUUGCCAGUUCCACUUAAAAUAAGCGGAUUUGGGCUCCUUUUUUUUUUUCGCUGAGUCGCUAGCAGAAUUUUCCAGUUUGCCGCGUUUUUUGGGCUUGUUUGCAUGUUUUUUCAGCAAAUAUAGUUAUUUUAGCGAUUGUCACGUUCACUAAUAUUGUUUGUCGAUGACUUUAUAUCGUUGGGUGUUGAAGUCAAACGCACAUUGGGGGAAUCAACAAUUAACAUUUAUCAUGCACUGGCAAACGUGCAUUCAACCCACAAUGUUAAAAAGGAAAUGUGUGCUUUCGUUCAUAGUUGGGCAUAUUUCUGCUGUACAAAAUAUUUAGUGAUUUUUUCAACUCCGCUUUAUAUUCGAGUGACAUUUUUUUGUUAUAAUUAGAAAUAUUUUCAAGAUUGGGAAAAUUCAUUAAUUUUUUGCUUCUUUUGGGUUUCUUCGCGAAAGUCGCACCACUUUUCUUGAGCUUCUUUUGUGAUAGUUUUGUGAUAGUUGUGAUGGUCGCUGGUGAGAAUGAGGCCUAAGAAAUGCACCGUCUUUGUUUUACUUUCAUUUAUACAUGGAGCUUGAUGCAUUUUUCACACAAGGUUGUGCUUGUUUACUUUUUUUUUUUUUGGCGAGCAUACCAUUCCAGGACAAAAAAAAAGAUUCACUACACUUGUAUAGAGAUAUAUAUAUAUAUAUAUAUAUAUCUGGCAAACAUUUUCAGAGCUUGCCAAAGAUGGAAGUCCUAAAAUGAAAUAGAAGGUUUGGCAGUACUACUGCUGACGUGUAGCAGGGAACGAUGAUUCAGCUUUUCAUCAGUUGUGCAUUGCGAUGAAGUGUUGAGUUGUUUGUGCUGCUUGGAAUUAUCGUCUCGUCUUUGUUUGUAGUUGUGGACCAUUGAGCCUAGGUGCGGUGCCUCUGUCAUGAAGGACAAAGAGGCAGUGGUGACCGAUUUCUCUUUGUAAAUAGGUUGAAAGCGCAGGGUGGCUUGUACUCUACUAGCGUGUAAUGCCUCUUGGAGCAUUGGACAAGCGCAUCUCUGGAGGAACUUGGGGAUUUAAAGUUUUGUCAGAGGGGCCCCAGAAAGAUUGCAUGGGAUGAAGGAAUUAUGCUGAAGGAUUGUCACAUUGUGGAAGUAGAAAUCCCUGCAGUUUGAAUAAGUAUUCAGUACAGCUUGCGCAUUGUGCUGGUACUUCUACUGCAGCUGUUUCAUUAAUGACACGAAACAAAUGUUAGGGAUAAUGAAAGGGAGAGAGAGCAAACAUUAAAAAUAAAAAUAACUGCGACAAUAGUUGGUGUUAUGCUAAAGUCUGCACUGCUGCCUGCUUAUGGGCUAAAUAAUUCUUAGCGAUUAAAAUUGGUUCCUAAAUAGACGUAACCAUGAUUCUUCGCUACCAUACAUUGGCAAUUUCUGAAACGUGAUGCUAGUAUCCGGCACUCGUGCAAGAGUUCUAGAGCAGUGAAAGGCCUUGUGUCCCAAGAGAGCUAGUACAGGCUACCCUGUGUGCUUCUGUAUUGCUGUACAUAGUUGUAGAAUAUGGCACGACACAGGCCCCCUAAUGUAAUGGUCUCCAUCACGUGUUGUUUAGUGGACGUGCAUUAGAUUGCUGUAGGUGCCCCCUCCUCGUUUUUCUCAGUUCGCCCCCUUAAGCUAAGUGCUUGCUGUCAAAACACACACACAAAAGCAUACGUCUUAAGUUAUAUCUCCUUGCAUCAUCCUGUUGGCAAUGGUUCUUUGUGUUCCCUGUAUGAUACGAAUGCACUGUAGAUACACCCCUUUUUUCACUGCAACCACACACACACUCUGGGGGACAGGCUGGUGACCAAUAAAACACUGCUUCUUUACC